AUGGUAGUGACUACUAUGCUGAACAACUACUUGUUUGUUAUCAUAACUGGAUGGUUCUUAAUGGCAAGGUCGUCAACAGUACUAGCUGCUAUCUAUGCCAAACCUGGUUGUAAAGGAGAGUGCGGAAACAUAACUAUCCCAUUCCCAUUCGGAAUUGGAUCGUCCAAUUGUUUUCUUGACAAAUGGUUCGAAAUCUCAUGCCGCAACUCUACUACGCCUUUCCUCGAACACACUCAACUACAGGUACUUAACAUUUCGUUAUAUGAUUAUAAUAACGACUAUAGACCGUCCGAAUGGGUUCAGGUGAGAAGCCCCAUCAGUUUCUUCAACUGUGCAAAUAAGACAAGCAAAAAAUCAGCAAAUUUAACAGGAAGCCCCUUCUACUAUUCUUCUGAGAAUGACUUUGUUGCAGUAAGUUGUGGUGCUUUUGCCAAGUACGAAACAAGGAGCGGUAACCGGCUCGUCCAGGAUGGGUGCACCAGCAGCAGUUCCACCUGCUCAUCAUCAUUCAAUAGUAGUAAUAAUGUUGAUUUUAGUAAUUGCGACGAUGGCGUUAAAUGUUGUCGUACUUCUUUAGAUAUGGGUGACAGCUUCAAAAUCUCCAUGGAUAAUGAUUCUAGUACGACUCUUGCAACAAAUCGUGAUAACGAAUAUUGCAAAUAUGCGUUCCUGAUAGAUCACUCUGAAAUUGAUAAAUACAAAACAUCCCAUGAUGAUGAUCUGGAUUAUUAUGUUCCCGCCCUACUAAGUUGGUCCCUUAAUGUUACGUAUUUCGACAUAUUUAAAACAGAUGUUAUGCCAACCACAUCUAGCAGCUUCGACUGCGAAAGCUAUGAUGUUAUUACUUUAAAUUCCUCUCUAAAUCGGAUAUACAGCUGUCGUUGCAGUAAAGGAUUUCGAGGGAGUGCGUACAUUCAGGACGGGUGUCAAGUUAUUAAUUAA